GCUCGCUCUAUUCCACAUGUGCCACACUAGCUGGCCCGUGGCCGAAUUUUCUCUCUCCAACCUCUCCUUUCCGCAUCAUCGCUCCAAAGUUGGCGUCCAUUGCGGCAGCGAGACGCAAACUGAUACGUCUCCACUUUCGUACAAGGCACUGCCAGUGCCAGUAGCAUCUGCAAGAGCUGGACACAACUGCCAAAGAUGCGGCUCCUGGAGAUGUUCUUCCCUCUCCUGUUGGCCUGCACAUGUCUGGGCUUGUCACACAGCAGCGAUCUGCUCCAAGACGCUACCGCUGAACACGACUUCUCAGAUCUGAAUGAGGUGGAUGAUGACAAUGAUGGACACCUAGACAUCUCAGUACAAGAGGCCAGGUCACCACGAUUUCCGAUCAGGCCGGGUUGGCCACCAAGUCGUCCGAUCGGUUGGCCACCAAGUAGUCCGAUCGGUUGGCCACCAAGUCGUCCCAACAUACGCCAGCCAUUAUCUGGAGAUCUUCGCUCCCCUGAGCUUCAGCUGGAGACCAGGUCACCUCGUUUCCGCGGUGGAUUUGGCGGAGGUUUCGGUGGAGGUUUCCGUGGACGAGUUGGUGGUGGCGGUUUCCGUGGACGAGUUGGUGGCGGCGGUUUCCGUGGACGAGUUGGUGGCGGUGGUUUCAGGGCAUCGCCAAGGCGAAUUUCACCAGUACGAAUCUCACGUCGACCCACGAGCGGAAUUGGCAAAAAGCUGAGCGGCAUUGCCAACAGAUCAUGGAGUAAGGCGAAGGGUCUUUCCCGAAAAGUGAAGGGCCCUGUCGGAUCUACUGUGAGGAGAAUAGCCAAAAAGCUUGUGAAGCCAAGUAAGAAGAUUGUCAGAAAGAUGAGCAGCAUUGCCAACAGAUCAUGGAGUAAGGCGAAGAGUCUUUUCCGAAGAGUGAAGGGCCCUGCUGGAUCUACUGUGAGGAGAAUAGCCAGAAAGCUUGUGAAGCCAAGUAAGAAGAUUGUCAGAAAGAUGCUCCGAAAGGGGAAGAACAUCUUCACAAAACGGCCCAGAGACUUUUAUAGGAAGGCAAAAUCCAAGGUGUCCAAGAGGCUGAAGAAAAUCCUCAGAGGAUUGAAAUCAAAUACUAAGGGAGGAGCCAAGAAAACCCUGAAGCGCAUCAAGAAGCUGCUCAAGGACAAGUGGAAGGUCCUUUCGAAGUUUCCCAAGAAGACUGUGAAGAAGCUCCGCAAGGCUAUGAAGAACUUGAAGAAGUCCAUCAAAGACCAGAUCAAGAAGAAGCGCACCCGUGGCAACGGAAAGAGUGGCGGCGGUAACGAAGGUGAUCAGGCGGGAGGCGGCAAUGGAGGCGACGAGAAGUCAUCGCCAAUGAAGGAUUUCUUAAAAAAAUUCCUCGAGAACGCCCUAGAUGGCCUGCAGGGUGGUGGCGAUGGCGGUGGUGGUGGUGAUAAUGAUGGUGGUGGUGGUGGUGGAGAUGGAGGAAACACACCUCCCGAUGAUCCGGGUCCCCAAGAGCCUGCUGAACCCGAAGAACCCGACCUACCCGACAUUGAGGACGACCCAACACCCACAUCAACACAGGCAACAGUCGCAACCGCCGCACCUCAAGUCAGGGCAAGGCGCAUGUCGAAGAAGGGACUCGAUCUGGUGAAGUCUCUCUCCGGUCUGCGCCUCAAUGCCUAUGUGGACCCAGUGGGCGUGCUAGCCAUCGGGUAUGGACAUACGAAGAAUGUUCGCCUGGGUCAGCGAAUCACCAUCCAGCAAGCUAAUCGCUUGCUAUUGCAGGAUGUGGCGUGGGCGGAGAAUGCCGUGAACAGCAUGGUACGAUAUCCUGUCAAGCAAAGCCAGUUCGACGCAUUGGUAUCCUUUACCUUCAGUGUUGGCGCAGCUAACUUCAAGUCCAGCACCCUGCUGAAGGUGAUUAAUGCUGGCCAGCUACAGAGAGUCCCGCAGGAGCUGAGGAGAUGGAACAAGGGAACACUUCGCAUGAAGCUGCGGGAGCUGCCUGGUCUGGUCGUGCGUCGCGAGAAGGAGAUUGCCCUGUGGAAUGGCGAGUGAUCGACGAUCCCCCCACCAUGGCUCAUGUUCACCCUGUUCUGUUUUCGCAGGUGAACCUGUGCCACUGCAUUAUCCUACCCCGGUCAUGAUCACCAUUCUUUCAUGACAACUGUUUCAUUCCAGCUGGAGCCUUGACUCACAUUCAAGCAAUUGUUGUUUUUUUUAAUUUCGAUUUCGUCGUAGUUUUGGAUAUCACUCAGCACUGGAUGUCAACUUUCUCUCUCCUGUCAUGCUGCAUGACCAUGAUUGUAGAAUGUAGUUCACGUACACAUUCAGUGCGUCACCCUAUUCUCCUGUGGCACAUCUUGUGUGGUGCAGCGUGAGUGUAUUUUCAAUUUUUCAUGUGGCCUCCGGGCACUGGCCAGUGCAUUUCGGACUCAGGGUUCUCUUUGUCUGGAGUUCUGACUUCUCUCUUGGACAUAAUCAUGACUAUUGUUUCGUUACACCCUGUGCUAGUUUCUGAUCAGAUGCUAUUGCUGUUUAAUACUAGAGUACGGUCACAAUUCUCUUUGACUGAUAAUAAUGGUCUUUGAUGAU